GGCAGGAGGCCUGUGCUGAGGGCCAGCCCUUCACCAUGGCCUCCGCUGAACUGGACUACACCAUCGAGAUCCCGGAUCAGCCCUGCCGGAGCCGGGAGAGCAGCCCAGAGGAAGGGAGGAAGGAGGAGAGCACUCGACAGCCGGUAGUGAUUCUCUUGGGCUGGGGUGGCUGCGUAGACAAGAACCUUGCCAAGUACAGCGCCAUCUACCACAAAAGGGGCUGCAUCGUGAUCCGAUACACAGCUCCGUGGCACAUGGUCUUCUUCUCCGAGUCCCUGGGCAUCCCUUCACUGCGCGUUUUGGCCCGGAAGCUGCUCGAGCUGCUCUUUGAUUACGAGAUCGAGAAGGAGCCCCUGCUCUUCCACGUCUUCAGCAAUGCGGGCGUCAUGCUGUACCGCUACGUGCUGGAGCUCCUCUUCACCCAGCGGCGCUUCUGCCACCUGCGUGUGGUGGGCACCAUCUUCGACAGCGGCCCUGGAGACAGCAACCUGGUGGGGGCUCUGCGGGCCCUGGGGACCAUCCUGCAGCGCCGUGCUGCCGUGCUGCGCCUGCUGCUCCUGGCGGCCUUCGCCCUGGUAGCUGUCCUGUUCCACAUCCUGCUUGCUCCACUCACCGCCCUCUUCCACACCCACUUCUAUGACAGGCUCCAGGACUCGGCCUCUCGCUGGCCCGAGCUCUACCUCUACUCUCGGGCCGACGAGGUGGUGCUGGCCAGGGAUGUGGAGCGCAUGGUGGAGGCGCGCCAGGCACACCAGGUCCUGGUGAACGCCGUGGACUUUGUGUCAUCUGCCCACGUCAGCCACCUCCGUGACUACCCGACUUACUACACCAGUCUGUGUGUCAGCUUCAUGCGCAGCUGCGUCCAACACUGAGCGCCCCACCUCACCACACCGCUGCUCCCCAAAUAAAGGCCACACCCGACA